CUUUCCAGUGUCAUUUCAUCUGCCAUUCCCUGUGCCAUUCCCGCAAUUGCAUUCUAAAACUCCAUACUUGCUAGUCCAAGCGCCUACGCUCUACCAGACGCAUUGGCUUCGGACGAAAUCAAAUUUGCGGGAUUGUCAGUGGGCGAGCAGGGUUGCAUGGAGGCGUCUAUGGCUUGUCGUUGCCAUUUGCGGUGGCAAAGUCUAGUUUGUUGAGCCGCUCGCCUCGCCUCGCUGGCACGCCUUGCUCUUAGAGCUCCUGUCAGAGAGCUCCCAGCCCAGCUCCAGGCAGCCUUGAUCCAAACAUGAAGGUCAUCUUGGCCUGAUAUUCGCCACCGAAAAUCACAGUCGGCUUGCUGGAGGUGCCGUGAUGCUGUAGGGCGGGUGACGAUUGUGGAUUCCCAGUGCGCGCCAGGGCGAUUGGAGGUGGCGGCGGCACCCGGCCACGGCCAAGUGCAGGCUUGCUUCCAGCAGCCUUCCUGCUGCUUGUCCUUAGUCUCAGCCCUCCGGCGGGCGCCCAUGCUGAGGGGAAAUGCAAAAAUUCCCCGUUUCCCUGGCACCACUUUACCCACCCCCGGCUGGCGCCACCUCUGGCGUACACCCAAAAGCAGGAGUCGAGAGCACAGCACUACAGCAAGAAAAACACAACAUUGCCCCCUCGUCCUCCCGCCUAACAUCGCCAUGCCCGACGAGAGACCUGUCCUGACUCCUGCCGUCGUGUUUCGCCACCCGCCCUUCUGAGAGGCUGCUGCUGCUUGGGAUUCUGCCCACUCGCUGUCGCGGCUGCCGCUCCCUUCCCCUCUGGGCCUAAGUGAUCGGCGCAGGCCGGACGAGCAGCCUGUAUUUGCCCGCCCCAAAAGUCGUGCGCCCGCGCUCCCUCGCUCUCUGUCGCCCUGUCCCCUGGACCAAACCCGACCCGCACGUGCUGGUGGCCCGAACAAUAAACCUGCUGGACUUCGACCCGGCCGCUUGCCCUUCCCUUCGCCAGCUCCCGCCGCCGAGCGAGAGCCCUCGACCGAUCCCCACCCUUACUAUUCCGUCCGAGAUCGCGCCAGCACUGCGAGAUCGAGCGGCCGGCGCGCAUGCGCACCCAAAACACCUCCCCUACUCCCCACACCCAAGGCCUUCCCAAAGUCUCGGUGCACAAAGCUUCACCCAUUUGCCAGUCGCGAUAUCCCCCAUAAAUCCAUAAUCCUCCUUUGCUGGCCCAGGCCCCCGGCGUCGCCCAUGGACUCGGGUCAGGAGGCCCAGGGGCUCCCUGAGCAGCCACCACCCUCUACCGACCCCCCACCUUGUCCCGAGGACUCCCAGGCCGUGCCCGACCCCGACAUCACGGACGGCUUGCUUCCGUUGCCGUCGCCAUCCCCUGCCGAAUCGACAGACACUGGCACCAACACUGCUGCUGGGUCAGAGAUUAGCAGUCCGACACCGACGCAGGGCGAUCCUUUUGCUCCUGCCCUCGGCCCGAACGCCACACCCGGUUCCUCGUCAUGGAGCUCCAACUCGGACCUCCAGCUGGGCCACGGCUCCUCGCAGGAGAUAGUUGACCGUGCCGAUCACGUAUUUCCUAUACGGUCCGUGUUGACCGUUGAACCCAGCGAGCAUUCAGACUAUUUUCAGCACGCCUUUCCAGAACAGUCGUCCCAGUCGCCCCGGGCGAGCAGCGUUGGGUCGCUAGACUUGGCGACGGGCGCGAGACGGGCUGGGGCCAGAUCUGGGAGCCAGGCGAGCGGGCCUAGCAUGUCCACGAUCAAAUCCCCGAUAGAACGAGGGGACCGUUAUGGACCGAGGAGACGUCACAACACGCUCCAUGGAUCUGUGUCCAGCGGGAAUGCGGAAUCGUCGGGGCGGAUGGGCAACUCUGUUGGGCCCCUGCCGAUCUUUGCAGAUAAUGGCUCGGACGAGGAUGAGGAUGAGGAGGAGAAGGACGGCGAGGAGCGGUCGGGGGCGCCUGCCGCACACUCACUCGACAACGCCUCCACCACAGAAUCUAUCGGGAUGACCACGAUCAGGUUCGAACAUGUGAUGACUGAGGAUGGGCACGCCGUCAUUACCGGACGCCAAGGGACCCUCCAGCGGUGCGAGGACGAGCCGAUCCAUGCGCCCGGGGCGGUUCAGGGAUUCGGGGCUAUUAUAGCCAUAGUUGAGGACGCCGAGGGGAACUACCUGGUUCGAUAUGCCAGCGAAAAUACGGAGCGCAUCGUCGGGUACAGCCCUCAGAAGCUGUUCCGCCUCGGCAAUUUCCUGGACAUCUUUAGCGAAGAGCAAGCUGAAAAUUUGCUUGACCAUAUCGAUUUCAUCCAAGAUGAGGAGGCUGACCCCGGAAUCAACGGGCCAGAGGUGUUCAGUGUAUCGAUGCGGUCGCCGCAGCAGCCCAGGUCGAGGGCGGUCAAGCUGUGGUGCGCUAUUCACGUCAAUCCGACCAGGCCAGAUCUGACGGUCUGCGAGUUCGAGCUCGACGAUGAUCAGGUCAACCCUCUUCGGCCACCUGGCGAGGCCACUCCGGAACUUCCUGAGGACACGCUGCAUUCGAACCCCACGGCUGAGGAGCUCGCAGAGAGUACCGAGGUUUUGAGUCGGCCGCUCCGGGUGCUCCGGAGUGCCCGCAAGCGACGUGGCGAAGCUGGUGCCAUGCAGGUCUUCGACAUCAUGUCGCAGGUGCAGGAGCAGCUCGCCUCGGCUGCAAACCUCGCAACCUUUCUCAAGAUCUUGGUUGGCAUCGUCAAGGAGCUGACGGGCUUCCACCGCGUCAUGAUUUACCAGUUCGACUCGAGCUUCAACGGCCGGGUCGUUACGGAGCUUGUGGACACGGCGCAAACCCGAGAUCUGUUCAAGGGGCUGCACUUCCCCGCAUCCGAUAUUCCCAAACAAGCGCGCGAACUCUACAAGAUCAACAAGGUUCGCCUUCUCUACGAUCGAGACCAGCCAACCGCGCGGCUCGUGUGCCGCACAGCAGAGGACCUCGAGCAGCCGCUCGAUCUGACCCACUCUUAUCUCCGCGCCAUGUCGCCCAUCCAUCUUAAGUACCUUGGAAACAUGGCGGUUCGAUCAUCCAUGUCCAUCUCUAUCAACGCAUUCGACGAGCUGUGGGGGCUGAUAGCGUGCCACUCCUACGGCAAAAGGGGAAUGCGGGUUUCUUUUCCCAUCAGGAAGAUGUGCCGACUAGUCGGGGACACGGCGUCCAGGAACAUUGAGCGGCUGUCGUAUGCGUCGCGACUCCAGGCACGGAAGCUGAUCAAUACAGUACCCACCGACAAGAAUCCGUCUGGCUACAUUAUCGCGUCGUCUGACGACUUGCUGCGCCUUUUCGACGCCGACUUUGGCGCUCUGUCCAUCCGCGGCGAGACCAAAAUCCUGGGCAAGCCCGAGCAGUCCCAGGAGAUCCUCGUUAUACUCGAGUACUUCAGAGUUAAGAAGUUCAACUCGGUUCUCACGACUCAAGACGUAUGCGUGGACUUUGCCGACCUCCGCUAUCCUCACGGGUUCAGCGUCAUUGCAGGCGCCCUCUACGUCCCACUCAGCACUGGCGGAAACGACUUCAUCGUGUUUUUCCGUCGGGGUCAGGUUCACGAGGUCAAGUGGGCGGGUAACCCAUACCAAAAGUUAUCCAACACCAAGGGCCAUCUGCAGCCCCGGAAAAGCUUCAAGGUCUGGAACGAGACCAUUAUGGGCAAGUCUCGCGAGUGGUCAGAGGAGCAGGUCGAGACGGCCGCGGUGCUGUGUCUGGUAUAUGGCAAAUUUAUCGAGGUUUGGAGACAGAAGGAAGCAGCGUUGCAGAGCAGCAAACUGACGAGAUUACUGCUGGCCAACUCGGCGCAUGAAGUCCGCACUCCUCUCAACGCCAUAAUCAACUACCUCGAGAUCGCCAUGGAGGGCACGCUCGAUCAAGAGACGCGGGAAAAUCUGACCAAGUCGCACUCUGCAUCCAAAUCAUUAAUCUACGUCAUCAACGACUUGCUCGACCUCACCAAAGCCGAAGAAGGGCAGGAACUAAUAAAGGACGAGAUAUUUGACCUCCCUGCCUGUAUCCGCGAGGCCACGGAGCCUUUCGUGUCAGAUGCCAGGAGAAAGAAUAUCAGCUACGAAGUUUUUGAGCACCCAGGCCUGCCGCGGGCCGUCUACGGGGACCAGGGAAAGGUUAGGCAGGCGGUCGCCAACGUCACUGCCAAUGCGGUACAGCACACAACGGAGGGCUCCAUCAGGAUCGAGGCCUAUGUGUCUGAGAUACUCCAGAGCAGGGUGCAGGUAGAGAUUGUGGUGGAAGACACUGGGUCCGGACUGGCCGCUGCGCAGCUGGACGCCCUGUUCCGCGAACUGGAGCAGGUCAGCGCCGAUGCCGACCACCCUGGAUUGUCACCUUCUGUUGAGGCGCCGGGCUCGGGGAUGAAGGCGCCGCGGACGCUUGGUCUCGGCUUGGCGGUGGUGGCAAGGAUAGUUCGGAAUAUGGACGGUCAACUACGACUGAAGUCGGACCCUGGCAAGGGCUCGCGAUUUGUGAUCCAGCUGCCCUUUGAUCUUCCGCUGGACGACUCGCCCGAGUCGCAGGACGGCGGCAGCAGCGCCGCGCUGCACUCAAAGGCGGGGUCCAUCGUCUCUGCCGCCGGCACUACUCGUGUGGACGGAGAGGUGACACUGGUCGACUCGGCUAGCGGCACGAUGGCGUCGACUACCGGAGGCAUGUCACCAAAGAAGGGCAUCGAGGACGCCGCCAGCAUCGUCAGUAGGAACAGUGCCAACAGCAGGGGCAGCGGUAACAGUGCUGCUAGCGACGCGGAUCGGCUGAUUGACGCCAUUCAGCUUCCUCUGGCUGUGGGGGCGCCCGAGUCGAAGCGGGUGGGCUUGCAGCGACAGAACUCGAAGGGCGCGUAUUACCAUCCUGGCGCCAUGAUCAGUAGCCCUGGCCGUUCUGUCAGCCCCGUCACGCCGCGUCGGUCUGGGAGUUUCACUCGGACCAGUUGUCCGGCCAGUCCCAGGCCCCCUGAGGGCGCGGGCGAGCUAAGCGGCACGGGUGUGCAGUUUGUGACGGACAGCAAAACCCCCAUGAAGCCUGUCAAGAUGCCCGAUAGCGACGAGUACAGAGACAACCCCGAGUUGCCCCAGGUGGGCCAGUCUUCAGGUGUACUGUUUGAAGUGGGCGAGACACCGGGGAAACGCUUGCCGUCGGCACGCCGACGUGCUGGCGACCAGGGUUGUACAAGCACCAGGGCCGAUGCUGUGUCAGAACCCACAAGCGGCGGCCUGCAAGUUCUGUGCGCCGAAGACGACCCUAUAAACAUGAAACUCCUGCGAAAGCGGCUAGAAAAGGCCGGUCAUGCAGUCUUCCAUACGGUGAACGGCGCAGACUGUGCCUCUGUCUACAAGGAAAAGCCGGGGCAGUACGAUGUCGUCCUAAUGGACAUGCAGAUGCCCAUUGUGGACGGCCUCGACAGCACAAAAAUGAUCCGCGCGUUUGAAGAAUCGGUCGCGCAUGUCGGCCUUUCCGAAGCGGCGGCCAAAGUUGGGCACAUUCCAAUUUUUGCUGUGUCGGCGUCGUUGCUCGAGGCACAGAAAGAAACGUACGUCGGUGCUGGGUUCGAUGGUUGGAUUCUCAAGCCUAUCGACUUCAAGCGACUUGAGAGGUUGCUUGCCGGCAUCAACGAUGUCGCUGUGAGGCGUGACUGCUUCUACGAGCAGGGGCACUGGGAGCGAGGCGGCUGGUUCGACAAAACCUCGGACCAGCAGGCCCAACCAUGCCACGCGGGGGAGGCUUCGAGCUAGCUGCGGCCUCCUCUCCGCCGCCAUGCGAGUGCAGCCGCCCCACCAGCCUAUUCCCGGCAUCGCAGGGCAACUAGUUAUCGCGAGAUGUGAUUCUCGUCGUAUCCCCAGCCCGCAAGCGCUGACGCAACAUGCGGGUCGAAACGUGCCUUUGCUGUUGCUGUCCGUUUCCAAGCCGUCUGGCGAAUGCGACACGCCGGCCUCCAUGUUUCCGUUUGCUCUCCCAUCCCCAUAGCCCUUGUGCGAAAACCGACUCCUCAUGACCCCUGGGUUUUCUUCUCGACUCAUGUCUUUUGUGUACUUUUUGGCUUCACUUGGAUGGAUACAAUAAUGGUCUGGAUCACCUCGAUAUAGAAAACAGGAAGGGCCGGGUUCCGAUGGGAAGACAGGAUGAUGAGUCUCAGACACAUGCGGUUUUUGCUUUCGGCGUACACGAUGAUACCCCGGUUUCUUUCUCCUGUCUCGAACCUAUAUCCGUUCUACUCGUUGUUCUCAUGCUUUAUUCCAACACCAGGCAACGGUUUGGAAAAAAACGGCCAUGGAAGGUAUUGCGAGGCGUUACAAAGGGUCAACUUUCUGUUGCAUUUUUUUCUUCUGUUUCCUUCAUGUAUUUCUUACGGAGCAACACUGUUUACUGUGGGCGGUUGGGAGGACUGGACUCGGCAAAGUACACGGAUUGUUGUAACAAAUGGGACAGGCACGUUUUCGGGUUCUCCCCACCUCCUCCAACUCUCCUAUACUCUACUUAUUCCUGGGUGAUUACGACGUGGUGAACCUGGGGAAAGGGCUUGUUUUGGGUUUCCAUGGCGUUGAUUUUAGCAGUCGGGCAUGUCAGCGGUGACUAUGACAAGAACACCUAGAAAUACGUAGAAGAAAUGUGAGACAACAAAGAUUCCGGGAGGAUCAUCAAUGCAAAAUAAAAGUGUACGACAACUAGGGAUUGUUCUAUAGAG